AGUCACGCUGUCCUCGCCGUGCCAACAGUGUCUCUAUGGGACGCCGCUGCACGGACAUGUAGGGUGGAGGCCACUUCAGAAUCUCAAGCCGCAGUUCCCAGAUGAACAUCAGAAUGAUUCCUCAGGAUGACAACCCUGCCGUCUUCUUCAAUGACACGUCACCAACAGAAGAUGCCAUCACACCGCAGGUCCUCUCGACCGUCGACCCGAGUACGGCGAAGCUCAAGUUAAUCGCCUACGGGAACGUGUCCCUCGCCAUCAUCGCCCUGGGGAUCAUGGGGAACCUUAUCAACCUGAUGGUGCUCACGCGAUCCAACCUCAGAGGCGUCACCUUCACAUACCUCACAUGGCUGGCCACGUCGGACCUUCUGGUGCUCUCGGUCGCCGUGUUCUCGAUGAUGCGCCUGCACGACUCCCCGCCCCGAAACUACGCGGCAGCAUUGUACUACGCCCACGCUGACCUGCCGCUGGUCAACGCACUCAUGGCCAGCAGCAUCUUCCUUGUGGUGGCAGUCACUGUCGACCGCUACUGCGCCGUCUGCAGACCUACGCGCUACAGGGAGUUUCACAACGCCAGGCGUGCCAGAGUGGUCAUUCCUCUCGUGUAUGUGGCGGCUGUUUUUCUAUACGUUCCGAUGAUUUUCAGGAAGCGUCCAGUCCUGGUCUGGGAUAACUUGGUAAACCAGACGAUGUACGUGUCGUUUGAGAAUUUGUCCGUGUCGCGGCAUCCGGCCUUCAAGGUCUAUGUCAUGGUCAGGGAGGCCCUGGUACGAAUAGGACCUGUCUUCGUGGUAAUCGUGCUGAACACCAUCAUCAUCCUCACCUUUCGUAAUCUCAUUCGCAAACGCAAGCAGCUCGCGAAUGGCACUGUUUAUGAUACCAAAAGGCUGACGCGGGAAAGGCGUCUCGUGGUCUUGCUUGUUGCUAUCGUGGUCAUGUUUUGCGUGUGCAUGACUCCUGCCGCCAUCUUAAGGGUGCUCAACAACGACGACCUGGAGAGCAACUAUGGUUUCCAGGUCUUCAGGGCCGUCGCAAAUGACAUGGAAAUGGCCAACUUUGCCGUAAACUUCUACGUGUACUGCCUGUGUAGCUCGGAUAUACGUAGAACUCUUAUGAGGUUAUUUCGCUGUUCGGGGACCUCUUCGAAAGACGGUGUGUUCGACCUUACAUCUUCUGUUGGAGUCAACACGCGGCUCUAACCUGUGCUUUUAUACGUUGGACUAUGAAAAUAGGCGUAGUGACGUUUUGCGUUAAUCCUCUUGAUUUUUGUGGAUUUCUUCGCGGUUUUUGUAAUCCCAAGGCAAGAAAUUGAGCCCAUGAAUUGAAAGGUACAUUUGCUCUAUCAUCGAUCUUUCGCUUGCAGAUUUAGGCAUCAUGAAUUAGUACCCCAUUCCUGUCGGUUUCAAUUUUAACGAACACUACCGCGUCCCAUUUGUUGCCGGAACGGAACUAUUCUGGCUGAUCUGCCUGGAAUUGCAUAUUUAUUUUUUUCUUUCUUGCCUCCAGUACAAAAUGGUAUGUCUCCUAAACUGAGAGAUAAUAAUCAGUGUAUGGUCAUUACAUCCCCUUUACUUGUCACAGCCUGUCUAAAGAACUCAGUUCGAACUAUAUGUUUCCACUGUUUCCUCGCAGCCAAAUCGCCGCCUGCCUUCGCUAAACUCAGAGUAUCGUUACACUAAAAUAAAUGUACAUACCGAAAUAUAAAUUCUAAAGAGGCUUAUUAAGCCACCAUGACACUGCUCAUUUAUUAUAAAAAGGCACAGUGUUCGCCGCAGACACAAGACGAAGUUGUUUGCGGACAU